GGGUAGGUAUGGAAACAAACUUCAACCGUCUCAGCUGUUUAUCAAGUCCGUUGUUCGUUUGUAGUUCUAUUCCCGCAUAAACGUUUUUGCUGAAUGAUAUGACCGUUGGGUAUUUGCCGGGGAAUAUUCCUUAAAUUCUUCCAACAAGCUAUUGUGAAAUUCUAUAGUUUCAUUUCAAUUUUCCUUUAAGAUGGAAACUCUGGAUCAUGUGGAUAAAGAAAAUUUUGUUCCUGAUAUAAAGCAAAACGCCAUGGCCGUUCCUUCAAAAAGACCUUUGGGAUUGGGUCAACGGAAUGUGAAUACCAAACUUCAGCCGGUUCAAAUGAAAGAAAAACAAGUUUUGGGAGUAUCCACUUCCAACAAUAUAAUCAAAGGUGUAUUAGAGAGUAACAAAAACAAAGAAAACCUUUUUAAAGAGAAAAAAGUAUCUGAAAAUGAUCAAUGCCUUAAAGAGAAUCGAAAAAAUAUUGUCAAUCCAAUUGUGCCUUGUAACCAGUUUAAAGCUUUCAAAGUUUAUGAGGAUGAAUCUUAUGGAGAGCGCAUGGCCAGAAUAGAGGAAAAAUUAAGAAGCAAAGCAAAGAAUAAUGAUUUAGUUCAAGUAUAUAAAGGCACAGAAGAAGACAGAUUCUAUACAAAAAGUGAAGUUGCUGAAUUAGAAAGGAAAAAAAUAUUGGAAGAUGAAGCUAAAGGCAUUUUUCGUCCUCCAGUUAAGGUAGAAUCACCUCCACGCAUUAUCGUCAUUGAUCAUUUAGUAGACCAUAGGCUAAUAAAAGAAGAGACAUAUAUAACUGGAGGGAAACGUCUCAAAGAUAUAUUCUUUGAAAUGGAGGAGUAUAGAUCUGAUAUUUAUCUUUAUCUUAGAGAACACGAGUUACGCCAUAGACCCAAACCAGGUUAUAUGAAAAAGCAACCUGAUGUUACUUCCAAUAUGAGAACAAUCCUAGUUGAUUGGCUAGUGGAAGUAGCAGAGGAAUACAAAUUACAUACGGAAACUCUUUACCUUGCAGUUAAUUACAUUGACAGAUUUCUCAGCUAUAUGUCUGUAGUCAGAGCAAAAUUGCAAUUAGUCGGAACUGCCGCAAUGUUUCUUGCCUCGAAAUACGAAGAAAUAUAUCCACCAGAUAUCAGCGAAUUUGUAUAUAUUACUGAUGACACGUAUAAUAAGAGGCAGGUUAUUAGAAUGGAACAUUUGAUUUUAAAAGUUUUGGGAUUUGAUCUUUCAGUUCCCACUCCAUUGACUUUUAUUACAGCAAUGUGUGUCAGCAAUAAACUUAAUGAAAAAACAAUGUAUCUUGCCAUGUAUUUAAGUGAACUAUCUCUUCUAAAUGGUGAUGUAUAUCUAGAAUUUCUUCCGUCGAUAAUAGCCGCAUCGGCAAUAGCUUUGGCGAGGCACACAUUAGAAGAAGAACCAUGGACAGACAGUCUCGUCGAAACGACGGGUUACGAACUUUCUCAACUUGAAGCAGGUAUCGAAUUUUUAAAUCAAAUGUUCACAUCGGCCCCUACCUUACCUCAACACGCUAUACAAGACAAAUACAAAUCUAAGAAAUGCAUGCACGUGGCUACGUUGAAACCACAAGAAUCUCCAAUAGUGUUCAAAAAAUAAUUUAAAUUUAAUUUAGAAACUUUUUGUGGUAAGUCCGUUUAAUGAAGUAUUUUACUUUCUUUAUCGUUUUUGUGCCAAAAUAUUUAAAAAAAAGUAUUGUAAUCCGGCAUUUUUAGUUUUAUUUUUUAAAUUGUUAGUGUUCGAUUAUUGUUAUAUGUGGUAGUACAGGAUGUCCCAAAUUUUGCAAUAAAUCCUUUAUGAAGUUGGCAGUAAACAAAUUGUAACUUGUUAUCAAAAGAUUUGAUAAAAAUUGAAACGAUAAUAAAAAGGCUAGAAAAAGUUGUUUAUUUGGGACAUCCCAUAUGCAGACUUUUUACCGUCGCUGUUGUUCAAAAGGCUUCAUUAACAAUAUUUAUUUUAAACAUCUGACAAUAUAGAAAUAAAAAUUUUAUUUUGCA